AGAGUCACUGCGAUGACAGUGCGGAAGUGAAGGGGUUAAUUGGGUGCAACUUGCGGCAGUACAGCAAAAUCGUUCCUGUCUCACCAGUUUUCACCUGUCCCGUCUCACUGCAGGCACGGAGAGACACUGGAAAAAUGAGUCGACCAGACGUCCCCUUUACCAAGCAGCUGUCCAUCUCCAGCUUCAUGAAAGCAGAAAUGCCUCGGUUUACCAAGCUCUCGCUGGACGAGGUGGAUGCGGACGUACGCCAGCUGGCUGAGACGGGCUUCAAGGGCAUCAGGGAGGCCAUGGUCCUGUACUCGGUCCCAGAGGAAUGUCCCAUCAGUCUGAAGCAGGCCAAGGAGAGCGAGCUGCGAAAGGAGCUGGCUGAGCAGCGCUCCAAGGAGAGCUCCCAGAGGAAGAAGAACUUCCAGCUGAAACGGUCCCAGUCCAUAUCGCUGCAGAUGACAGGUUCCCCUGACAUCUCCAACUAUGUGGAAACUCCUGGGGUCACUUCUGACAUAAUCAUGCCACACGAUGUCCCAGAGUACCAGAGGGUCACCAUCAGUGGGGACUACUGCGCUGGGACCACGGUGGAAGAUUACGAGCAGGCCGCCCAGGGCCUGUUGAAGGCGCUGCAGAUCCGGGAGAAGUAUUCCAGACUGGCCUAUCACCGCUUUCCCAGGAUCAUUGCCAAGUUCUUAUGCAGCGCAGGCAGCAAGACGUGGACAGUGGAGGACGAAGUCCUGCCAGACACCUACACCUCUCUUAGUGAAGGAGAGGACCCAUACAGCAUGGAGGAUAUUCCAGAGGACCUGCACUACAAAUUGCGCCUGCAGGAUGGCGUGGUGCACGUGUACGAGAAUGCAGAUGACUUGCAGCAAUGCCAUCCUCGCUGCCUGCCCUAUCCUGACCUCCAGACCUUUGUCCUCGACAUGAGCCAGGUGCUCUCCAUGAUUGCCGAUGGGCCCAUUAAGACCUUCUGCCACAAACGCCUGAAUUUUCUGAGCUCAAAAUUCUACCUGCACGAGAUGCUGAAUGAAAUCGCUGAGCUGAAGGAGCUGAAACUUGUGCCGCACAGGGACUUCUACAACGUCAGGAAGGUGGACACCCACAUCCACGCCGCUGCUUGCAUGAACCAGAAGCACCUGCUGAACUUCAUCCAGACCACCUUUCAGGAGGAAAAGGACCGCGUGGUUCUGGAGAAAGGGGGCAAGAAGCUGUCCCUCAAGGAGGUCUUUGACAAUCUGAAAAUGCAUGCCUACGACCUCACAGUGGACUCCCUCGAUGUUCAUGCUGGUAGACAAACAUUUCAUCGGUUUGACAAGUUCAACUGUAAAUACAACCCCGUGGGAGCCAGUGAGCUGCGAGAGAUCUACUUGAAGACCGACAACUACAUGAACGGGGAAUACUUUGCCCGCAUGAUUAAGGAAGUGGCCCGUGACCUGGAGGAGAGCAGGUACCACUAUGCAGAGCCCCGUCUGUCCAUCUACGGGCGCUCUCCAAGCGAGUGGCAGAGCCUGUCCCGCUGGUUCAUCCAGCAGAAGAUGUACUCUCCUAACAUGCGCUGGAUCAUCCAGGUGCCCAGGAUAUAUGACAUUUUCAGAGUAAAGAAUUUAAUACCGAACUUCGCAAAGAUGCUGGAGAACAUCUUCCUGCCCCUGUUUGAGGCUACGGUGGACCCACAGCAGCACAAGGAGCUUCACGUCUUUUUGAAAUACGUCACCGGCUUUGACAGCGUGGAUGAUGAAUCCAAGCACAGUGACCAUGUAUUCUCCUAUAACAGCCCAAAGCCAGAGAACUGGACCAUGGAAGAUAAUCCACCCUACAGCUACUACCUUUACCAUAUGUAUGCCAACAUCAUGGUGCUCAACAACCUCCGAAAGGAGAGAGGUCUCAACACCUUCCAGUUCCGUCCACACUGUGGUGAGGCUGGCUCCAUCACCCAUCUGGUGUCCGCCUUCCUCACCGCCGACAACAUCUCCCACGGCCUCAAUCUGAAGCAGAGUCCUGUGCUGCAGUACCUGUACUACCUGGCCCAGGUGCCUAUCGCCAUGUCCCCCCUGAGCAACAACAGCCUCUUCCUGGAGUACUCCAAGAACCCGCUGAAGGAGUUCCUCCACAAGGGGCUCUGUGUCUCCCUCUCAACGGAUGACCCCAUGCAGUUCCAUUACACCAAGGAGGCGCUGAUGGAGGAAUAUGCUAUUGCGGCUCAGCUGUGGAAGCUGAGCACCUGUGACGUGUGUGAGAUCGCCAGAAACAGCGUUCUGCAGAGCGGCCUUUCCCACGAGGAGAAGCAGCGCUUCCUGGGCAAGAACUACCUGGACGACGGGCCAGAGGGGAAUGACAUCAUGCUCACCAACGUGGCACAGAUCCGAGUGGCAUACCGCCACGAGACGCUGUGUAACGAGCUCAGUCUGCUGGUGGAUGCCAGUUCCAUGGCCCCAGCCUCCACCUAGAGGAGUGUGACGCAGACACACUCCAAAACGAGGACUCACCUUCCACUCUGUCCUUUUGUGUGAGAUUUCAUUUUGACGUAAGGUACCUUCUGUUUCUAUAAGCACAUACUUUUCUUUUUUAAGGUUCGAUAUUCCCCAAAAAAGCAAAUCACCUACUGUGAAUGCCAGCCAAGAACUGAUAAUUCACUGUGAGUAACAUGUAAAACUUUCUUCUGUUUCUAGUAGUCAGGUAUUGUGGGGAAAUAAAAAAAAUCUCAUAUCAGGCACAUCCA